GACACUUCCUGGUCCAUUCACUGUUCUGAGGACAAUUCGGGCAGUAAUUGCAGCACAGAAGCUUAAAGGUCAGCAUGUCUGUCUCGUACCGGGAGCCGCUCUCUGAGAUCGUGGGAAAGCGCAUGGUCGUCACAGGUCCAGACUACAUCAAAGACCACUUGCCUAAAAUCCACCAGCAUACCGCCUACAUAGGAGAAAAGCGUCCAGUGCUAGAGAAAACUGGAGAUCUCAGAUAUUUAUUGAGAUCUGCCCCGGACCAAAGCCUGCCAGCAAAAUAUAAACACGAGUAUGUUGGUGGAAUUGGCUGGGGGAUACCAGAGUACAGUUUCAUCAACAGAUCGAGACUGGGGAGCGGCUUUCACAUCAAGCUUGGAGAGCUAAGUCUUUAUGCGAAUGACAAAGUAACCCACCGUUAUCAAAACCCAUGGCAACCGAAGCCUUCAGUCUUGGACAUGCAAGGAGGAAAUAGUCGUGCUUUUCUUGCCUGGAAUAUGAGUGAUUAUGAAGAUUCCCAACAGAGAGACUCCCAAAGGGCUAUUCUCGUUAAACAGAGUAAAUCGCCAAGGCCUUCCCUGCCCUCCAGGCUGCCCAAGCUGCCAAGGAAGGAAGAGAAGAAAAGGAAACCCAAGCCUCAAAGGACAGACAAAUCAGUCUGCUUCUAGGAGAAAGAAGCCGCUUGCUUCUCCUGCUAACCCUGGAAGAGACGUCCUGCAAGAGCAUGCUUCAGUUACGAGCCAAAUAAAGAUUUUUAUGGAA